AUGCAAAGAGUUAUUCAUUGGCAAAAAGAUAUGUAUGUCCAUUCAACAAAAGAGGCUUCCCUAAUUUCGGGUUUACAGAUUGGAUUCGCUCCCUUUCACAUGUGUCCGAGGAGCCUUACUCAACACCCCCACCCCCCGCUACAACUACUAUCAAUUAAACAUUUUGCUGUCUAUCUCUCACGCUUUGUUACUUUCCCAUUAAAUCCUUUCUUUCUUUAUCUUCCUACAUAUUCAUAUAUUAUUAUCCACUUCUUUCUUUCUUUUUUAUUUUUUUUCAUUCUUUCUUUCUUUCUUUCUUUCUUUUUUUCAUUCUUUCUUUCUUUCUUUCAUUUUUCUUUCUAUAUCUUCCUACAUAUUCAUAUAUUAUUAUCCAUUUCUUUCUUUCUUUCUUUUUUUUCAUUCUUUCUUUCUUUCAUUUUUCUUUCUUUAUCUUCCUACAUAUUCAUAUAUUAUUAUCCAUUUCUUUCUUUCUUUCUUUUUUUCAUUCUUUCUUUCUUUCUUUCUUUCUUUCUUUCUUUCAUUUUUCUUUCUAUAUCUUCCUACAUAUUCAUAUAUUAUUAUCCAUUUCUUUCUUUCUUUCUUUUUUUUUCAUUUUUCUUUCUUUCAUUUUCUUUCUUUAUCUUCCUCAUUUUAUUAUCCAUUUCUUUCUUUCUUUCUUUUUUUUCAUUCUUUCUUUCUUUCAUUUUUCUUUCUUUAUCUUCCUACAUAUUCAUAUAUUAUUAUCCAUUUCUUUCUUUCUUUCUUUUUUUUCAUUCUUUCUUUCUUUCAUUUUUCUUUCUUUAUCUUCCUACAUAUUCAUAUAUUAUUAUCCAUUUCUUUCUUUCUUUCUUUCUUUCAUUCAUUCCUUCUUUUUCUAUCUUUUUCUUUCUUAUUCUUCAUUUUUCCUUUCACUUAUUCUUUCUUUCUUUAUCUUCUUACAUAUUCAUAUAUUAUUAUCCUUUUAUUUCUCGCUUUUUCUUACUUUCUUUCUUUCUUUGCCUCUUUCAUUCAUUCAUUCUUUCAUUCUUUUGUCUUCUUUUUGUUUUCUUUCUUUCCUUCUUUUAUUCAAUCAUUCUUUCUUUCUUUAUAUUCGUUAAUAUUCAUAUAUCAUUAUGCAUUUCUGUCUUUCUUUCUUGCUUGAUUUCUUUCAUUCAUUCUUUCUUUCUUUCUUUCUUUAUCUUAGUACACAUUUAUGCAUUAUUAUCCGUUUAUUUCGUUCUUGCUUUCCCGCUUUCUCCAUUUCUUUCUUUCUCUUCCUACAUAUUCUUUCUUUCUUUCUUUCUUUCUUUCUUUCUUUCUUUCUUUCUUUCUUUUCGUUCAUAA